GUCAGAUGGAACCGGGAUUUGGCAAACGUCCCUGGUACUUGCCAGAUACCAUAUUGUUGCAAGAUGGCAGCAACAGCUGGGCACCGCCGAGUAUCAGCAUCGCAAGCGCCAGGCCUCAUCGAAACUUGAUCCUUAGACCCCGUUACAUAUGAUGUUAGCACGAGAAGUCGAAUCCGGCAUGGCCUGCCCUUCGUGCCACAAAAUACAACAUCUGGAUUCUGGGCAAAUAGACUUCAGCACGAAGAAGGCUAUUUGACUUUACAAUUUACAUAACCUGAGUGAUCUGGGCCGCCUAGGAUCCACAUUCCCAUUCAUUCACACCGAGACCUACGAAGUACCAGUACUCCGACCCCACCACGCCUUCCCACUCUACGGGGGUUCGAAGCUUCAACAGGAGUCGUAGCAAUCGUAUCCAAUUGAGGCGAGGGGCGCCCACAACUGCUGCAAUGGCAGAGCCAAUGGGCCUUACGGCCUCCGACAUUGAGUUCAGCGAAGCUACGCCCGAGCAGCGGCAGCUUACCUGGGAACUCAAUGGCGAAGCCUGGGCAGCACCGAUGUCCCUCGGCGACUAUGUCGAAAGGGAGCAGCACCUUGCGCAGCACGAACUCAACCGCGACGGCCGCUGCCAAUGCUGGGUGCUCUACCUUAAAGGAUACCCUAGACAAAUCAUUGUCAGCUGUGAGAUUGUCCGCAAACCGGCGCUGAUUUCGGAUGGUCAGGGCGGGCCAGCCCGAGAGGGCCACGGCUAUGUCGUGACAAACAUCUUCACAAACCCGUCAUACCGCCGGCAAGGAUUGGCCGCUUUCCUGCUACGCCGCUUGCAGGAGCAGAUAGACAUCGACGGCGACUUCAGCGUGCUGUACAGCGACAGCGGCAGAAAUUACUACUCCAGUCUCGGCUGGCCUUCGCUCCCCAGCCGGCAGGCGACACUCACUUUAUCACCUCAAUCUCCGAACCAGAACCAGGCCUCCCUUUCUCCUAGCCAUGCCGCCGUCAACUUCACCCCAACUAACCCCUCACAAACCCGGCCUUUACUCCCGGACGAACUUUCAGACCUCUGCGAGCUUGACUCGCUCCAUCUCAGCACCCGCUUCGACUCGCUCGUCCCAUCAGACGGCAAGACGCAUGUCGCCUUCCUGCCGACCCACGCCCAGAUUACCUGGCACCUCGCGCGGGCGGCAUUCGACGCGCGCAAGCUGUUUCCGCGUGACAAAGCGAACUCAGAGCAGCCACCCCCUCUUAACGCGGGCGCUAUCACCACCUCUGGCCGGGCCUGGAUUUACUGGGCGCACGACUGGCGCACCCGGCGGCUGCGGGUGCUGCGCAUCGUGAGGUCGGCGAUGCUGGACCGGGGGAGUAAUGUUGGCGUUGAGGAGAGAGUUAGGGACGUACGCGCGCUGCUGGAGGCCGCGCUGGCCGAGUCGGCGAGCUGCGGACUCGCGAACGGGGUCGUGGUCUGGAACCCCGAGGACGAGGUGACGCUGGGCUGCAAGGCGGUGGGGAAUGCGUACGCCGCCAUGCGGGAUGCGCCGGUCGGGGUCAAGGUGGUUUUUGACGAGAAGAUCGAUGGCGGGAUUCCAAGCUUGAGAUGGAAGGGAGGGAAGGACACCAGCGUGGUGUGGGAGGAGAAUUAUGGUUAUUGUUGGUGUUGAGGACGGCAUGAAGAUAGGGGUCCGCGAGACCUUCCUUUGCCGGUCUAUUCUCGAAUUGAACCGUGGGAAGACGAGCCUUGAGGAUGGGAUGCAGAGGAUGGCAUUGUUCCGGGAUGAACUGCCUGCUCAAGCGGCUUCAUUCGCAUAAUGGUUUAACUAACAAGGUCACCAAUGCUCCCAAGUGGGAAUCCUGGUGGUCAAUGUUAGGUUACUAGGUAGGUAUUCCAAACUGCUCUGCUGUUGCUAGCAUUAGGUACUACCGAUUGGAUUUUGGCCAUUCUGGCCAAGCCUGAUCUCGCAAAAGAUCAAGAAUAUGUAAGCACUAGAUGUUCCGCUGGCCU